AUGGCGUCAGUCAUGUCCAAGAUCCAUCAUGUAGCAUUUAAGAAUCAUAGAUUCAAGAAUUACAUUAUAGGGAUUUUUGCACGAGAGCAUGGAUCAAAUAAGAAAUUGGCAGCACAAUCUUGUGCCCUGUCACUUGUCAGACAACUCUACCAUCUUGGAGUGAUUGAAGCUUACUCUGGACUUACAAAGAAGAAAGAAGGAGAGAAAGUGGAGCCUUACAAAGUUAACCUCUCUCACGAUUUAGAACAUCAGCUGCAAAACAUCAUUCAAGAGUUAAAUCUUGAGAUCGUGCCCCCACCCGAUGAUCCUUCUGUGCCAGUUGCACUCAACAUUGGCAAAUUGGCUCACUUUGAACCAUCUCAGCGACAAAACCAGAUGGGUGUGGUUCCUUGGUCACCUCCACAGUCCAACUGGAAUCCUUGGACUAGUAGCAAUAUUGAUGAGGGACCCCUGGCUUAUGCCACUCCAGAACAAAUAAGUAUGGACCUCAAGAAUGAAUUAAUGUACCAGCUGGAACAGGAUCAUGAUUUGCAAGCAAUCUUACAGGAGAGAGAGUUACUACCCGUGAAGAAAUUUGAAAGUGAAAUCCUGGAGGCAAUUAGUCAAAAUUCAGUUGUCAUUAUCCGAGGGGCUACUGGUUGUGGUAAAACCACACAGGUUCCCCAGUUCAUUCUAGACGACUUCAUCCAGAAUGACCAUGCAGCAGAGUGUAAUAUUGUAGUAACUCAGCCCAGGAGAAUCAGUGCAGUUUCUGUGGCAGAACGAGUUGCCUAUGAGAGAGGAGAAGAGCCUGGAAAAAGCUGUGGCUAUAGUGUUCGGUUUGAGUCUGUACUUCCCCGCCCUCAUGCCAGCAUAAUGUUUUGUACUGUAGAAAAUGAAAUCAUGAAAUUAGCUAAUUGCAACCUGAUCUGUGGUGAUGAAUAUGGUCCAGAAACAAAGCUGAGCAUGUCUCAGUUGAAUGAAAAGGAAACUCCUUUUGAACUCAUUGAAGCUCUGCUUAAGUACAUUGAAACCCUUAAUGUUCCUGGAGCUGUGUUGGUUUUUUUGCCUGGCUGGAAUUUGAUUUAUACUAUGCAGAAGCAUUUGGAAUUGAAUCCACAUUUUGGAAGUCAUCGUUAUCAGAUUCUGCCUCUGCAUUCUCAGAUUCCUCGAGAGGAGCAGCGCAAAGUAUUUGAUCCAGUACCAGUUGGAAUAAGCAAGGUUAUUUUGUCCACAAAUAUUGCUGAAACAAGCAUUACUAUAAAUGAUGUUGUUUAUGUCAUUGAUUCCUGCAAACAGAAAGUGAAACUGUUCACUGCUCACAACAAUAUGACUAACUAUGCUACAGUCUGGGCAUCCAGAACAAACCUUGAGCAGCGGAAAGGGCGAGCUGGCCGUGUACGGCCUGGAUUCUGCUUUCACCUCUGUAGUCGAGCUCGUUUUGAGAGGUCUGAAUGUAACUGUUUGUGUUUCAGUGUGGGAGAUGCUGUCUGUACCAUUUCUGCUGCUACCUGCUUUCCAGAGCCUUUCAUCAGUGAAGGAAAGCGGCUGGGCUAUGUCCAUCGAAAUUUUGCUGGAAACAGAUUUUCUGAUCAUGUGGCCCUUUUGUCAGUAUUUCAAGCCUGGGAUGAUGCUAGAAUGGGUGGAGAAGAAGCAGAGAUACGUUUUUGUGAGCACAAGAGACUCAAUAUGGCUACACUAAGAAUGACUUGGGAAGCCAAAGUUCAGCUCAAAGAGAUUCUGAUUAAUUCUGGAUUUCCCGAAGUGUUUGGUGACUACUUGAGAUGUAUCAAGAAUGCUUUGCUGAAGGGGUGGUUUUGUGCUUUUCCCAGGUAUGGAGAUGGUCCACGUCCUCCCAAGAUGGCUAGAUAUGACAACGGAAGUGGAUACAGAAGGGGAGGUUCUGGUUAUGGUGGUGGGGGCUACGGCAGUGGCUAUAGCAGUGGAGGUUAUGGUAGUGGAGGCUACAGAGGUGGGGGAGGCUAUGGUAAUGGAGGCUACGGUGGUGGUUCCAACUCCUAUCAGGGAGGAUAUGGUGGAAGUGGAGGUGGUGGUGGAGGCUACCGAGGAGGUUCCCGAGGUGGCUAUAGAGGCGGCUCUGGAGACUACAGAGGGUCUAGUGGAGGCUUCAGAGGAUCUGGGGGAUUCCAGCGAGGUGGCAGGGGAGGCUAUGGAAGUGGCUACUUUGGACAAGGAAGAGGAGGUGGUGGCUAUUAAAGCAUGGUUAUGCCUGCGUGUAGACACUUUUAAGAAAAAAGCAUGCUAUGUGUUUUCCUAAGGUGUUUAUUUGCCACCAGAAAGUAAACCCAUUUUCCACCCAUUCUGGUUCAUUGUAGUUUAAGGAAACCAAGCUUAUAGAUACAUUAGUGAUUUCGUUUCUAUUAUGUAAAAUAUAACUAUUAUAAAAGUACCACGGUUUGUAUUUUUUGCUUUAAGGAGUAAAGAUUUGCCUUUAAAAUUAACUUGAUAUUUUCUUGGCUUUCAUUUAGUAUAAUAGAAAAUAAAGUAUUACACUAAAUA